AUGGCUGAUGAAAACGACAACGAAAAGACGAGCGAAGGAAGCCAGGAAGAGACGGGCAAACCAAUCCCAAAGUCGAAGUGGAAAGGCUACAUCUACGUACCUAUCAAGGAAGAGACCGAGGAGACCGAACAGCAGCUGCCAAAGGCAGACGAGAUGACUGGACGCACUACUACUCGUCGCGCGGCUAACCGAGUAAUCGAAAAUAAUAUUGACAUAUAUACAGAAGUUGACAACGAAAUCGACGAGAUUGACGAGUUCUUGAAACGACAAGAUGCAUACAGAAUUAGCUACAGAAACGGGGUACUCGAACACCCGGUGUACGAGAAGAGUGACAAGUCGAUUCCACUCGACGAAGGGAUCGCAGCGAUCAAGCGGCACUACAGUCUGAUGAAGAGCAACUGGCCGGAUGUUGCCAAGUUCUGGAAGUCGUUCUGGAACAACUUAUAUCACAGUAAGGUGAUAUCGAAGAACGAAUGGCCCGUGCUCCGCGAACUAGCAAUCGAGACAAUCCAACGAUGCAUCCCAAACCCGAAGGCUGGCGCGAGACUUGUGCCAGAUCCGAACGACGAGAAGGCACUGAUGCGGGCAGAGAUGAGGGUAAACGUCGGAUAUGUCGACCGGCUUGACGCGCUGGAGAAUCGAGUCGAAAGGAGUGGGGCGAGAAGGAUGGAGGGCAGAGAGGAUCAGGAGGAAACAAAGGCGAGGGCGCAAGACGCCAAAUCGAUGGCGCAGACGUCAACGUCAAAAAGAAUGCCAAAGGGGACUGGACGCUUUUCGAUGGAACGUCCUUCUGCUGGUCAUUCAACACGGCCAAAGGAUGUUCGGCGAGCCGUUGUGCAAAUGGAAAGCACGUAUGCACGGGAUGCCUAUCAGCCAGCCACAGUGCCCAAUCAUGCAAGCGCGGACAAAACUGACACGAAUGGAAGACAACCAGAGCCAGUGACCCCGCUACAGGCCAAGAAGUGGGAGGAAGCGCUUAAAUAUCUUGAUAUUUUGGAGGAGCAUGCGACGCUCAUAGAUGGACUUAAGAACGGCUUCAAUAUGCAGUGCCAGUUGGCAAUUGACGAAACACGAGUAUACCCACACCUGAGGUCAGCGGUCGAGCACCCCAAAGUGAUAGAAGAUCAUAUAGAAAAAGAGUCGAGAAAAGGCUGGGCGCAUUUGUGGCAAACCCUUGGAACGGUCGACAAGGCGAGUGGAAGGGGAAAACGCGUAAUUGAACACCUAUCAUUCGCCUACGAAGAUGAACAACAAUCAGUAAACGCACAAACGAAUAUCGAGAACCUCGGAACGAACUGGGGAGGACUGGCAGAGAUGAUAGAGCUCAUCGUGACCUCGCCAGAUGGAGCACAAGGUGCAACGAUAGACUGGGAAGCGGCGUUCAGAAACUGCCCUAUACGUCCAGAGGAUUGGAGAUACGGAGUAGUCGAAUGGAACGGGAAAUUCUGGAUCGACAAGGCGGCAAAGUUUGGCACAAAAUCAUCCGUUGGCAUAUUCGAACUACCGAACAGAGCGUUCGUAGAAAUCUGCACACGGAAAGAGCUCGGAAUGAUCAUAUACUGGGUAGACGACCUGAUGAUCCGACGACUUCCAGUACGGAGAGACGGGGAGGAAUGGAUAUAUGGAAUGGGAAUAGCGAAAAUAUUGGAGCUUGGGGAGGAGCUGGGAAUCCCCUUUCCGCCGGACAAGGUGCGCGACUUCGCCAACAUCACAACGUACGUCGGCUUUGACUGGCAUUGGCAAGAACGUGCAGUCAGUGUCAGCGAGUCAAAGCGGAAGAAGAACCUAGCACUGGUACAGGAGGUGCUGGAAGAAGGAAGGAAGACGUCCGGGGAAAGGCUGCAGUCAUUAUGCGGGAAGCUGGCGCACCUAGGAAUGAUAAUUCCUGAAGGACGAACGCACACGAGAGCUUUAUGGGCGACGGUAGCGAAAAUGGGCCUACCGAACCAGCACUCAAAGUAUAUCAAGUGGAACAUGCCGGAGAAGGCGAAGUGCGACCUCAGAUGGUGGAAGGAAACGCUCGAGAAGCCGGAGAUAAAGAUUCAGCUAUGUACACAACGCGAACCAAACUGCAAGUACCGGAUCUACACAGACGCGUCGACGGGAUGGGGACUGGGCAUCGUGAUCGAUGAUGAAUACGACAAAUUCAGGUUGGAAAGUGACUGGAGAACGAGGAGGGCGAUGGCGCAGAACGAGAGAUGGAUGGGCAGAAUUUGCGGCGGUCGAGCUAGCAGUCGAGUUCAUACUGCAACGGCCAGAAGCGGAAAGGACGCAUAG